AUGACGUUACGGCGUGUAUUUAUAAAAUCAACUGCGACAAACCAGUCUCCAAAUGGUCCUUUCAGACAAAACUUGAAGAGCAACAAAAGCAUAAACUUGUUGAACGUUUUGAAAGUGUCAUCCGGCCUUGUGGAGCGAACGAAGGAGCUCGGAAUUUUUGACUUCAAAAUAAAACUUCAGUACUAACCUGAGAUCAUGCCCAAUUUGAGCGGUUCUCAUACAUUCUCUCUAACGGCUACCGCUAAUCUUGUUUCUUUUCGCCUUGCCCGCCGGAAUGUAAUUUUCAAAGCGAAACGAAAAUAGAGUCUGAUCUCAGGUUACUUCAGUACAAGCGAAAUGUGCCCGAGGCCGAGUUUCCGAAGGGACGGAUAUUUGCAAUUGAUAGUCAGGAUCAGUUCGAAGUUGCCAGACCUCUUCUCCAGGAAAAACAUGAGCUGAUCGGUAAG